AUGUCGAAAAUCACAGUCGCUAAUGUCCGGACCCAGGUCGGAGAGCUCCUUGAGUACUCCAAUGAGACCAAGAAGCGAAACUUCCUCGAGACCGUCGAGCUUCAGAUCGGCCUGAAGAACUACGACCCCCAGAGAGACAAGCGUUUCUCCGGCUCCAUCCGUCUCCCCUCCAUUCCUCGCCCCAACAUGUCCAUCUGCAUUCUCGGUGACCAGCACGAUAUCGACCGAGCCAAGCACGGUGGUGUUGACGCCAUGUCUGCUGAUGACUUGAAGAAGCUCAACAAGAACAAGAAGCUCAUCAAGAAGCUCGCCCGCAAGUACGAUGCUUUCGUCGCUUCCGAGGCUCUGAUCAAGCAGAUCCCCCGUCUCUUGGGUCCUGGUCUUUCCAAGGCCGGAAAGUUCCCUACCCCCGUCUCUCACGCCGAUGAUCUCACCGGACGUAUCAACGAGGUCAAGAGCACCAUCAAGUUCCAGCUCAAGAAGGUUCUCUGCAUGGGUGUCGCCGUCGGCAACGUCGAGAUGACCCAGGAGCAGCUUGUUGGUAACAUCAUGUUGGCCAUCAACUACCUUGUCUCUCUUCUCAAGAAGGGCUGGCAGAACGUUGGAAGCCUUACCAUCAAGGCUUCCAUGUCUCCCCCCAAGCGCCUGUACUAA